AUGCAUAGCUCUGCUAAUGAUGUGGGCAAGUUCAAGGUAAAACUUACAGCCCAACAAAUGCUUGGUGAACAACCUGUCUGCAAAGUGGAUCCAGGAGACAAGGAAGGUACAAUCAAAGUAAAACCGACGACCUUCAGCUCUGCUGUCAAUGUGAAAGCCUCAGUUCUGUGUGAAACCUGUGACUGUGAGAAGACACCCACUCUAAAAGCUAAACGAUGCAACGGCAAAGGAAACCUGGUGUGUGGAAAGUGUCUCUGUGACGAUGGCUGGGCGGGCGCCUUCUGCAACUGCUCAAAAACCUCCAGCUCGAGCAAGAGCCAGUGCAUUGGGCCCGGCAUGACAGAGUCCUGCUCGGGCCGUGGAGACUGUCAGGCAUGUGGUACCUGCGUGUGCUACAAUCCGGACCAGUACGAAGGACCCUACUGCCAGUAUGACAAGACCCAGUGUCAACGAGUCGCAGGCAUCCUUUGCAACGAUCGCGGUUCUUGCGUGAUGGGUCGCUGUGCUUGUUCGGAGGGCUGGGAGGGUACUGCCUGCGAGUGCUCCAAAAGCAACGAGACCUGCCUGGACAACAAAGGGAAUAUUUGCGGAGGACGAGGCAAAUGCGUUUGCGGCAGCUGCCAGUGCCCAGACACCGGGAUAGCGUUGUCUCCGACCUGUGAGCCAAACUUCGAGUUCUUACGGGGUGUAUGCGAGGAAACAAGGAGGUGCGUCCAAUGUCAAGCAUGGAAGACGGGCGAAAAGAAGGACAAAGAAGAGUGCGAGAAGUGUCCCUUCCAAGUUAUCAUGGUGGAUGAGCUGAAAGAACGGGAGGAAGUGCAUGACUCUUGCAGAUUCAUUGAUGAGGACAACGACUGCACAUAUGAGUACACGGUUGACUCCAGUAAAGAUCCAACAAACACUAAGAUGCUGGUUGAGGUGCUCAAAAAGAGAGACUGUCCAGCAGCCAGUCUGCUGUGGCUGCUGCCGCUCAUCCUGUUCCUCCUGYUGCUGCUGGCGCUGCUGCUGCUCUGCUGCUGGAAGUACUGUGCUUGCUGCGCAUCCUGCUGGCAGAGCUGUCUGGCCUUAUUGCCGUGCUGCAGGGGAGGUCGCAUGGUUGGCUUUAAGGAAGACGAGUAUUUGCUCCGUCAGUCUCAGCUCACCUCCAACCACUUGAACACACCGAUGGUGAGGACCGGUCCACCAAAAGGAACCGACGUGGUUCGCUGGAAGGUCAAAGAUAAUGUGCACCGUGCGCCCAGUCACCCGCGGGAGCUGAUGCAACCAAACCCGGAUGAAAUGAUCCAGUUCCCGAUCUCCCUCCGACUAAACAGGUUGUUCUCUGAGAACCUGUCUCGCCCCGAAUCAAAAGACGCUGAGCAACUCCGUGAGGAAGUGGCUGACAACUUGAACGAGGUGUACAAGCAGAUCCCUGAGGCACAGAAAGUGCAACAAACUUUAUUCAGACUGCAGAAAAAUGCUGGAAAAAGGGGGGACUACACCAUCAUGGACACUGUGCUGUCAGCUCCCCGCAGAGCCUACCCAGACAUAGUGAAACUUACCGAGAAGAACGUCCAGUCUGGAAACUUUGGGGACCUCAAAGUGGUCCCAGGCUAUUACACUGUGGCCACAGACAGAGAGGCUGCAGGAGCCGUGGAGUUCCAGGAGGACGUGGAGAUGGUGGACGUUCACGUGCCACUGUUCGUCAAGGACGACGACGAUGACAAGAAGCAGUUGAAAGUGGAGGCCAGGGAUGUGCCGCUGGGCAUUGCAACAAUUGUGAAGCGUUUUGUUAACAUAACCAUCAUCAAAGAGCACGCUACAAGCAUCUUCUCCUUCCUCCAACCGAAAUACACGUACAGCAGAAAGGAUGGUGUGGCACACAUCCCCAUCAGCAGAGAGAUCAUCGAGGAUGGACGCACACAGGUCACCUAUAGCACUCAAGAUCUCUCUGCCAAGAAUAAGAAGGACUACAUGAGUGUACAAGGAGACUUGUCCUACGCUCCGGGUGAGACUCAAAAGAUCGUUCCUGUCCGUUUGCUGGAGCUGAGUGAGAAAGAUGGCUUCUUGGAAGACAAACCCAUCAAGCAGUUUGCUAUGGACCUCAGUAACCCACGCCAGGGUGCCAAGCUGGGACGAUACCCAAGAACCACGGUCACCAUCUCAGACACACAAGAACCGAGUGUGAUGAUGUUCAAGAAAGGUAACCAGAACUUCAGCACCUUAGAUCAGACCUACCCCAUCCCGGUGGUGCGCUCCUGCAAUGAAGACAGCCCCGCCACCGUCAAGUGGCGCACCAAGAAGUCCCAGCGCUUUGAUCUUUCUGGUUCUCUGAAGUUUGCUCCGGGAGAAACGGAGAAGAAUAUAGUGAUCGAACCCUUUCCCAGCUCAGCCCAACCAGAAACCUUCCAGCUGGAGCUGUACGAUCCCAGCACUAAUGCCGUUGUUGGUGAAAGGAAGAACACCGUUGUGAAUAUCACAGAAGAACCAAGAUCUCUAGAAACUGCUCAGAUGCAGUCGAAGGGCUACGUGAGCCCGAGAGGCACCGCCCCUGGCGGUUGCCUCCUCCCCCCGGGAAACCUCAAGGCCAAAGCAACGGGUCCCAGAAACAUCCGUCUGAACUGGGAUCCGCCACCGGGUAACCCUGUGGGAUACAAGGUGAAGUACUGGAUCUACGGCGACCAUGAGAAAGACGCCCAGGUCCUUGACGUGAGGACGCCUCAAGCCGAGCUGACUAAUCUGUUACCCUUCUGCGAUUACGAGACACGAGUUUGUGCCUACAACUCAAUGGGAGAGGGCCCUGACACCAACAUCGUUAGCUGUCAAACACUGGAAGACGCGCCCGGGGAACCUGGUCGUCUGGCCUUCAACGUCAUCAGUCCAACUGUCACUCAGAUCAGCUGGGCGGAGCCUGCAGAGACCAACGGCGACAUUACAGCUUACGAGGUCAUUUACACGCCCAUCGAUGACGAAAUGAAACCAGUUGGAGGAGCCAAAAAAGUAAAGAUCGACAACCCAAAGAAACGAAUGCUGUUGAUAGAAAACCUCCAGAGCGCCCAGACUUAUCAGUACAAAGUCCGUGCCCAAAACAGCGUAGGCUGGGGCCCCUUCAGAGACGCUACCAUCAACUUGGCGUCUCAGCCCAGCAGACCUAUGUCCAUUCCCAUCAUUCCAGACGUUCCUAUUGUGGACGCUGAGGCAGGAGACGAGUAUGACAGCUACCUGAUGUACAGCAACGAUGUGCUGAAGUCGCCAACAAGCUCCAAGACGCCAAGCGUUUCGGGUGAUGGCUGGCAGCAUAUCGAGCUGGUGGGGUCAAACCUGGAACUCCGUCAGGUGUCAUGGAAACAGCGAGUGGAGGUCAUCCCCAGUCGCCUCAGCACAGACACAGAGAUGAGCUCAGACGAGAAGCCCCACCCCAGCUCCUCCUUCCACACGCCCCUGCCAGAUUACAUGUCGAACGGCAGGUGGGAACAGAACUUCCUUUUCCCAGGAAGCUCAACAACCCGCAACCUUUCAGCAUCAUCUUCUCCCAUGUCCACUCUGAGCUCCAACUACAAAGGCGGAGCGGGCGGCUCCUUCACCACAGAGAUGCACACCACCUACAUGACUGGGCCAGGAAGCCCCCGCAGACAAGACAUGAUCGGAGGGGGGAUCCACACGACCGAAGUCCUGAUGAGGAAGCGCUCAGAGAACAGAGGAUACACAGAUGAAAAUAUUCGGGACUCCAUCGUCAUAGGAGACAAUAAGUUCCCAGAUCUGACGCCACCAGGUGGGUUCGGCUACGCUGGCUUGCAGAGCAGCUCUAAGACCCAAUACAGCUACAGCCUGUCUCAGGGCUCCAGGGCCAGGACUCAGUCGUCAGAGGUCAAUGAAGCCCUAUACAGCCUGGACAGCGUGCUCCAAGAUGCCCGCCUCUCUCCUGGCGUCCCAGACUCGCCCAGCAGGCUGGUGUUUUCUGCUCUGGGACCGACCGCACUCAAAGUCAGCUGGCAGGAGCCACACUGUGAGAAAGACGUUCUGGGGUACUGCGUCCUCUACCAGCUGCUCAACGGAGGAGAGACGAAGCGCCUCAAUGUGACGAACCCGGCCGAGAACUCUGUGGUCAUCCACGACCUGCUGCCCAACCACUCCUACCUAUUUAAGGUGAAGGCUCAGAGUCAGGAGGGCUGGGGUCCAGAACGGGAGGGAGUCAUUACCAUCGAGUCAGCUGUGGACCCCAAGAGUCCCCUCAGUCCCAUGCCAGGCUCGCCGUUCACCCUGAGUACGCCCAGCGCUCCGGGGCCGCUGGUGUUCACAGCCCUGAGCCCCGACUCACUGCAGCUCACCUGGGAAAAACCACGGAAGCCCAACGGGGACAUCUUGAGCUACAGGGUCACCUGCGAACAGCUACAUGGUGGAGGCGACAUGCGCUCCUUCAAUGUAAGCGGUAACAACGCUGAGACCAGUCUGACUGUCCCAAACCUGACUGAGAACGUCCCGUACAAGUUCAAGGUUCAGGCUCAAACCACCCAGGGUUUUGGUCCCGAGAGAGAGGGCAUCAUCACCAUCGAGUCUCAGGAUGGAGGUGCCUUGUCUCAGUACAACAGCCAAUCAGUGACAAGGAGGGAAGUUUUCCAAAUGCCUCCAGAAAUGACCACAAGAACAAACGUCUCCCACACCAUGAUCAACGAUCCCUACUUCUCAGAUGGGAUGAUGAUGACUCAGCACACGGAGACGGGCAGCAUGGUGAGCCGUCAGGUCACUCGGGAAGUGGUUCAGAGGAGCGUCACAGGAGCAUCCACCGUCACAAAGAGAAUGUUUUAUGAGUCUUAGGAACUUGUGUGAGCGAUGCUCAUGAUAGCAUCCAGCCUGAGAAUUGAUCACAAAGCCAAAGCGCAAAAAAAGUGUUUCAGAGUUUGUACAUGUAUGUGUGUAUAGGGUAAGACUGCAACCAAAUAAAUAAAAUUGAAGGUAAAGGCUACUUUUUACUGUUACAAACUGUGGUCACCUUCUUUUUCCCCACAGUUUCCCACUUUAUUGUAGUUCUUGACUUCUUACCCUAGGGUUUAUAACUUCAUGUGAGAGUAGUCCCUCUGUUGGCUGACAUCCGCUAACACACCAGCCUUUUAAAGAAGUUAUAUCCUAAACAAUGGCUCAAUAAUCCAAAAUAACAUCCCUAUCCUGUCAUCCAACUUUCAUCUUAAAAUUUAAAUGUUUGAAAGGUUUAUCUUUACUGUCACUGUGGAAUUUUAAAGGGCUUUUGUUUAUAAAUUAUUGUCUUAAAGUGUGUGGGUUUUUUUCCCCGUUCAAGAUAUACUCAUAAAUUUUCAGUUUUUACAGUUCUGGUUGUUCACAUCCGCACUAGCCGGUCGCAAGCCCAAGGCAUGCAUGAGUUUAACAAGGAAUCAGAAAUGAAACAUGCUUGCUCAUUUAAAAUGUCUGCACUUCAUUACAGCUGCAGUUUUAUGCAUUUUCUUUAUGUGGCUAAUUCAGCAUUGUUUUGGUUCAGUAGAUUAAUGGAAGACAUGAUACCAGAGAAAGUAUGUUUAAAGACAAAGAUUGUAUUUGCUUGCUGCAGGUUCUACUGUACUUUGGGUUCAUGAGAAAUUUUUUUGGAAACAUUUUCAGAUUUUUUUUUCAUAAAUAUACAGAUAUAAGUUGAACAGUUCAGACAAUUUUUACUCGGCAUGUAUCAUUCCCAUUUAAGCAGGUCCAUUUUUAAGCAUUUUUUGUACAUCAAUUAUAUUGCACUUAAUAAAGAUUUAUAUUAAAAACAU